UUAUCGCGUAAUGGGUUAAUACGAUCCCGGCUUUUCUGAAUAUGACAUGGCAGUGGUUAAUUCCCGGAUCGCUAUAUAUCUAAUACCAUCAGGAGUCCUCUUUCAUAGUUGUUCAUAUAGUUCUACACAUAGGUCAAGGACACGUCUUAUAUAGAAACACACACGCACACCUUUAUACCUUUUAAUGCCUAAACCUUAAAUAUUUGGCAUGUGGUAUUGUCUUGUUGACCACUUUAAAAUUUUGUUCAUGUAUCUACAUCAUAUCCAUUUGUUUAAAAUGUAUCACAUAAGAUGGACUUGACAUAAUUUUUAUCAAUAUGUUAAGGGAAAAUAUGUUUAAGUCUUAUUGAUAUAAACUCAAAUGCCUCAAGCUUUAAUAUUGAAUAUGUACUAAUGCCUUAAGAACUUGUACAAAUCAAAUGUUAGUAAUGCCCCAUGAAUCUAAAUUUGCCCACACCCAAGAGAGUUCUUCAGUAAUAUAUUCCUGUGUAGGACUUGUGUCUGUCACUCAUUCCAAUACUAAAUAACAUAUUACAACUUAACUUCGUAUAAAGAGACAUCUUUAUGAAUGUAGUCUACCUAUCUAACAUUUUUUGGUCAAGGUCAACAGGCCAUAAAGUAAAUGUGCAUUGACAUAGGUACUUCAUUCUAUCUGUUUACAUGCAUCUUCAAAUAUACUCAUAUUCCUCUUUGUUAAACUAAGAGAACUGGCUUCCAUAACUAUAUAUAUGUCACUUUUAUUUUGAUGUUCGCUGAAGUCUCUUCAGCUAACAGAACUGUCAUUUUACAUUUAAACACACCCCUCGAAAAAAAUCACGAAGCGAGUCGCUACUAGCUUUUUUAAAAGCUAACCUUGUUCAUAAGAUACGAUGACUAUAAUUAUAUAUGUAUAUGUGUGUAUAUAAAUAGGGGAAACUUUGAGGGGACAAAGACGGUAGUAUAUAUAGAGAGACUGUAUUAUAUAUUACUGUUUCAUAGAUGCCUUAGAAAGGGAAGAUUUCCCGGGAAGAGGGUUUUCUUGGGGGAUACUAUGCAAUGAGAAAAUGGGGCUUGGCAAUCUUUUGGGGGAAAGUGUCUUAAAGUGAUGUAUUUACUGAAUGAGUUUUAUUCAUAAAAUACGAUAUAUAUAAUUAUAUAUGUUUAUGUGUGUAUAUAAAUAGGGGAAACUUUGAGGGGACAAAGACGGUAGUAUAUAUAGAGAGAGUGUAUUAUAUAUUACUGUUUUAUAGAUGCCUUAGAAAGGGAAGAUUUCCCGGGAAGAGGGUUUUCUUGGGGGGAUACGGAAUGAAAGUCGUUAUUAAAAUAAAGAUAUCUGUUCAUUGCAUUGUAAUUUAACUUCAUUACAAACAAACUGUAUUAUUUAUAACUUUCUUAUUAAUGUGUUUUAAAAGUAAGAAUUUACCUGAAGAUGGUUUUCAUAGGUUUUAUAUAGUGCAUAAAAAGGCAAUUUGAAAUGUUUUUGUUUUAUACAUAUAUUAUACAUAAAUAAAAAAUGUAUUGACGGAAUGAAUGGAAUUGUUAAAUUAUGUGAUAUAUGAAGUUGAAUAUGUAACAUAUGAUGUUAUUAAAUGUAUAUCGAAAGUUACAAGUGUUCACUUUUUAUUGAAUGAAUUUUAUUUAUAAAAAUUUAUUCAUUCCGUUCCCCAUUUUGUUCCUCAUUUGCUAUAAUAUUUGUGACUUGAAGAGUAAUAAUAUAUUGAAUGAAAUUAUGUCCAGAAAAAGGUAUUUGUUGCUUGAGUGAAUAUUGAAUUAAUAUUAUUUUGCCGAACUGAAAUAUCUGCAUAGUAUUAUAGGUAGUCAGUAUUAUAUGUUAUAAAAUGGCCGAAGGUGGUUCUAUAGAGGAAUUACAAGAGAAAGUUAGUUUUCGUAUUGGUGGUGGAUUUAGAAGAAGAAAAAUAGAUGUAGAUGAUAUUACUGUAUCAGAUUUCUAUAAUCCUUGGAAUUUUUACCAUCUUUUUAUGCAAGAAGACUCUUUUGUGGUGAAAUGGUGUAUAAGAAAUGGACUUCUGCCAAAUGAAAUACCAUGUAUUAGUAAAGUAUCAAACCAAGAAUCCAGUUCUAAAUGUCACGGCAUAAUGAAAUUUUGUAAGAUGUCGGGGAGAAGUACUGGAUUUACUUUAAGAUGUAACAGAAAUCGUAAUCAUGAAUGUGCAAGUAGGAAGUACAGCUUCUUUGAGAAAUCAAAAUUAACCAUACAAGAUAUAAUGGUGUUCAUUAAAACUUAUCUAGAAGCAAAUACGCUAUAUCAAUGUAGUAGGCAAUCAGGCAUUCACUAUCAAAGUACAGGGGUGGACUGGGGUAGUUUUAUCCGAGAACUGUUUAAAGAACACUUUCAUACACAUGUACUUACUCGUAAAUUGAAGGGAGUAAUAGAAAUUGACGAAUCACUAUUUGGUAGAAGAAUUAAACAUCAUAGAGGAAAUCCCAGAAAAGGUUGUAAGAUAUGGGUAUUUGGAAUGGUAGAAAGAGAAUCAAAUUCAAUUAUAUUAUAUCCUGUAAGAGAAAGAUCUCAGAAAACUUUGUUACCCCUCAUUGAACGUCACGUAGAAAAAGGUUCGACAAUGGAGCGCUUACUGCCCUUUAAAUGAGUUGGGAUAUAAUCACUUCUCCGUCAUUCAAAAGUUCACAUUCAAAAGUUCUUAUAGAAAUCUUGAUACAGGGGAGGUAAUUCAGGUACAUAUUAAUAGAAUAGAGGGAGCAUGGAAACAUGCCAAGGAUCACUUCAAAAGUAUUGCAGGAAACCCAAAUAAGUCAAUUUGAAGGUCACCUGGCAGAAGUAAUUUGGAGAUCAGAGGUGAAAGGGAGAUAUUUUGAGCCUUUUUUUUAUUUAUUACGUGACAUUUACAGUUUGAAAAAGCCCCCAAAGUAUUCUUAACCAACUACUCUCUUUGACUCAUGGGACUUGAACAUUGAAUGUGACGAUGCAACCUUCCGGGAAUGGGAAGUUAUACAUACAUUAACAGAUAACGAUACUGACACUGAUUCAGGAUCGAACUUAUCUGAAGUGGAUGUUAUAUCCAUUUCUUCUGACAGUGCAAG